AUGACUUGCUGUCCAUAUCUAUCUAUCUAUCUAUCUAUCUCAGUCUGUUCAUAUCUAUCUAUCUAUCUAUCUAUCUAUCUAUCUAUCUAUCUAUCUAUCUAUCUAUCUAUCUAUCUCAGUCUGUUCAUAUCUAUCUAUCUAUCUAUCUAUCUAUCUAUCUAUCUAUCUAUCUAUCUAUCUAUUACUUCAAACGCUAUUUUAGUGGAUAACCACUUUGUAUACCGAACAGCAGCCUGUCCUGCUAUCAUUCUCAAUACCCCCACUCUCUCUCGUUCUCUCUCUCUCUCUCUCUCUCUCUCUCUCUCUCUCUUUCAUUCUUCAGCGAACUACGACCAUAGGUCUUUGAUAGCGACCCCUACAAAAUACAUCACUGAAGUGACUUACAUCUCCCUUUUCAUUACGAUUCCAUUUCUUCCUGCAAAAAAUUCUCUUCCUUUAUCUAUCUAUCUAUCUAUCUAUCUAUCUAUCUAUCCCAGUCUGUUCAUAUCUAUCUAUCUAUCUAUCUAUCUAUCUAUCUAUCUAUCUAUCUAUCUAUCUAUUACUUCAAACGCUAUUUUAGUGGAUAACCGUUACAGAUUACUUGAAUUUCUAUCUAUCUAUCUAUCUAUCUAUCUAUCUAUCUAUCCCCUCACUGUAUUCUUUGCCGCUUCUCUUUCCUAUUUAAUUCUUCCACGCUUUAUCUUUCUUUCUGUCCCUUUUCUCAUACAUAUUUCAAUGAGUAGUCGAUGA